UGCUUUGCCUUUGUCUUGCGAGAGUUGGCAACUAUACGCAGGUGUCACACAAUCACGUCCACCUGCAAAUAUGCCAGACGAAAAGAUGGAUGAGAAAAAGAAAAAUAAGAAAAAGACGGCUGAAUGUUGUGGAUAUCCCGUCAGCAUUUUCUUUAUCGUGGUUAAUGAAUUCUGUGAAAGAUUUUCCUACUAUGGCAUGCGAGCUGUGUUGGUGCUGUAUUUUAGAUAUUUCCUGCAUUGGGAUGAUGAUCUCGCGACCUCAAUUUAUCACGCUUUUGUGGCGCUGUGCUACUUGACACCGAUCCUGGGAGCCAUUAUUGCUGAUUCCUGGCUCGGGAAGUUCAAAACGAUCAUAUACCUGUCUAUAGUUUAUGCCGCAGGCCAGGUUAUCAUGGCUGUCAGCACAGUUCAUGACAUCACAGAUUCAGACAGAGAUGGCACACCGGAUAAUCUGACCUUCCACAUGGCUUUGUCAAUGUUAGGUCUGAUUCUUAUUGCUCUGGGUACUGGAGGAAUUAAACCCUGUGUGGCUGCAUUUGGUGGAGAUCAGUUUCAGGAACACCAGAGUCGUCAGCUCAACACAUUCUUCUCGGUGUUUUAUCUUUGCAUAAAUGCAGGAAGUCUUCUGUCUACACUUAUAACACCUGUUCUCAGAGCUCAGGAGUGUGGCAUCUACUCUCAACAGAAAUGUUAUCCAUUGGCUUUUGGAGUCCCGGCUGCACUCAUGGUUAUAUCUCUGGUGGUGUUUAUUGCUGGUAGUGGCAUGUAUGUUAAAAGAGAUCCAGAAGGAAACAUUAUGGGGGCUGUGUGUAAAUGCAUUGGGUUUGCCAUCAGAAAUCGGUUCAGACACAGAAGCAGCCGCUAUCCAAAGAGAGAACACUGGAUGGACUGGGCAGAGGAGAAAUAUGAUAAACUACUCAUAGCUCAAAUAAAGAUGGUGUUAAAGGUGUUGUUCCUUUAUAUCCCUCUGCCCAUGUUUUGGACCCUGUUUGAUCAGAAGGGCUCACGCUGGACUCUUCAAGCCACCACUAUGAGCGGAGACUUUGGGGCGUUCAUCCUGCAGCCAGACCAAAUGCAGACUGUAAAUCCUAUCUUCAUCCUGACCAUGGUGCCCAUCAUGGACCGAAUUGUUUUUCCUCUUAUACAGAAGUGUGGCCUCAAUUUCAGUCCUUUGAAGAGAAUGACUGUGGGGAUGCUGUUUGCUGCCAUGGCUUUUGUUUCUGCAGCUCUGGUCCAGGUUGAAAUUGAUAAAACAUUGCCAAAUUUCCCAUCAUCCUCUGAGAGUCAGUUAAAGGUGGUGAAUAUGGGAAACAAUCCACUCAUUGUUACCAUCCCAACCAUUGAACCACUACAUAUUGAACAUUUGCAGAGUACUGAAGAAUAUUUGGUGUUUGACCAUCAGGACAUCACAGUGUCCUUGAACACAAAUCCUGUCAUCACUAAAGCUUUGAGUUUAAUAAAGGGUCAGCGUCAGACAUUGAUCAUUCCCUCUGAUCCUGCUCAAAUGUAUCUGCAAGAAGACAUCAUGUCUAAACCAGAUGAAGGAAAAAAUGCCAUAAGAUUUGUGAAUGGUUUGAGAGAAGUCCUCAACGUUACUGACGUGGGCUCCAUCGAGCCGUCAACUGUCUCAAACUACACAAUGGUUUUACAGGGAACCCGGACAUUUCAACUCAGCAGUAACGAGAAGAUCUGUAAGUUUAGUGCAACAUUUGGAUUUGGUGCCUCAUACACGUUCCUCAUCCCAAAUAAUCUGACCUGGUCUGAUCUGGAGUGCAGUAACUCCAUUAAGAAAUUAGAGGACAUCAAGCCCAACUCAGUUCACAUGGCUCUACAGGUUCCUCAGUAUUUUCUCAUCACUACAGGAGAGGUGAUGUUCUCAGUCACCGGUCUUCAGUUCUCAUAUUCACAGGCUCCAAAAAACAUGAAGUCGGUGUUGCAGGCCGGCUGGUUGUGCACUAAUGCUGUGGGAAACAUUAUUGUGUUGAUUGUGGCUGAAUUGGGAAAGCUUCCUAAACAGUGGGCAGAAUAUGUGUUGUUUGCUUCACUGCUAGUGGCUGUCAGUAUUAUCUUCUCCUUCAUGGCUUACUUCUACACCUACAUUGACCCAGAUGAGAUCGAAGCUCAGAUCAGGAGAGAGCAAGAACUCCAACCAGAGGAGAAGAAUAAAGAGACAGCGCAAACUGAAGAGCAGGAGGUCAAACAAACAAAGAUAUAAAACCUUCACAGUUUGACUGGAUUAUAUGAAUAUUCAAUGAUUUACCCAUCAUAUUUAUUAAAUGACUGUGAACAGUUUUUUAUUUUGCACAUUUAGUUGGUAAUGGUUAGAUGGUAAGAUGAUAAAACAUUUUCUAAAAAUGGCUUAUAAUGCAGGUGGCCUGUACUGAUGAGUGUAUUUCUACAUGAUUAUUUAGGCUACAUGUUGUGUUUGUUUGUAUGCUAAUAAACAGUGAACCUUAAACAGUGGUCUAUGUUUA